GUCUUGGGGAGAUGUAACCAGCCACACCCACCCGUCUUCUUUCUCCCCCACCACCUCUUAAAGAAAGCCCACGUCACUUUUGCACCCCUCCCGCAAUGGCUCUGGAUGGGCAGCAAUAGAAGGUGGUGGAGAUGGAGAUGGGCUCAAGUUCUCUUGCUGUCUCUGGGACCUGUGGCUCUGAUGACUCCCUCCACGGGCUGCAGUUCGGGAAGAAGAUCUACUUUGAGGAUGGGGUUGGUGGUGGGAGCUCCUCCAAGGCCUCACCAACCCCUGCGGCAGCCUCGGCGCCGCCGAAGAAAGGGAAGGGGGUGGUGCAAGGGAGGCAGCAGCCACCCAGGUGCCAGGUGGAGGGGUGCAAGGUGGAUCUCACUGGUGCCAAGGCCUACUACAGGAGGCAUAAGGUGUGUGGGAUGCACUCCAAGUUCCCCAAGGUCAUUGUCGCAGGCUUGGAGCAGAGGUUCUGUCAGCAGUGCAGCAGGUUUCACCAAUUACCUGAAUUUGACCAAGGGAAACGCAGCUGCCGCAGACGUCUGGCAGGCCACAAUGAGCGCAGAAGGAAGCCACCGCCUGCGCCCCCAUCAUCACGCAUCGGACGUCUGUCAUCAUCUUUUCAUGAGGAUAACAGCAGUUUCAGAGGCUUUGGUAUGGAUUUCACUCACCCAAGGCUACCAGAAACCCCACGAGAAGUAUGGUCAAUGGUUCGGGCUGGUGAUGGGGUGUCUAGUCAUCAAUGGCAGGGCAGUUUAGGAGCUCCCCCACCCAGUGAGGUGGCACCGCAUGUGGCCCGCCAAUACAUGCAUGACUCCAUUGGUCAGGCUCUGCUCUCCUCUCCAGAAAUUCCAGCAAGCAGAUGUCUCUCAGGAGCGUCAGACUCCACCUGUGCUCUCUCUCUUCUGUCAAAUCUGCCAUGGGGCGGCACUGCUACUAGGAACGAUCGAGCUCCAACCAUCACAGCAAGCAGCAGCUUCAGUGGAGCACCAAGGGCUCAGCCAGUUCUCUCGAACAAUUAUGUAGCAAGUUCAUCGGGAUUUAGAAGUCAUGAAGGUGGCAGCAGCUCACUGGGAGUCCAACAUGAGUUGGGAUUGGGCGAAGUCACCCAACUGGGUAACAGUCAGCUCUCGGGUGAGCUUGAGCUGGCCCUGCAGGGAAGCAGGCAAUGCAUGGACCAUUCUGAUGAUGUGGUUCAUUGGUCCCUCUAGACCGAUUUGCUCUUAGUGCAGAAAAAGCUUUUUGUACCAUUGAUUAUGUUUCUCCCAAUGCUUCUGAAUUCUUGUCAGCACAAACUUCAACUUUCAUCCCAUGUGGUGAUUCUAUCUUGGGAGUUCAUGAACCUGAAACACUUUAUAAUGGUUCAUUCACUUUUUUAGUACAUUGCAAGAAGAUUUUUCAAUGAGUGCAGCAAGUUGUUUUUUAAUUUUGUAGGUA